GCGUUGCGCUCCCCAGGCCGGCAGGUACGAUUUUAAAAGCUUUUCAAACAGCAGAGGGGGAGAGCAAAUUGACAGUUCUUGCUAGGUUUUAUCUGGUUUUGAAAUCUUCCAACGGAAUGUGUCCCGCAGGCACUGCUGAAUCCAUCCCACUUAGGCAGCCAGGACUGCCGCUUCCCCUGGCAGCGCAUCUCCUCCUCCCUGGCCUGACAGUAACUCCCCGAAGAAUCAGACACACCAAGUCUGUUUUUUUUCCAGUCCCCUGGGGUGCAUUAAAGCAAGACAGAGGGAAAGAAAAGCUCCCCACGCACCCCAAAUGAAUGGGAGCUGUUCAUCUGAGCCACAGGCAGGGACCUGUUGCUGUUUAACGGGACUCGAUAAAGCAGGGCGCAGAAGGGAGAGAACACACCGGCACAUUUUUCUCUCGUACCUAAAGAAGUUUCAUUUGUAAAUCAAAGUUGUCCUUCCCCGUGCCAUACGUACCGAUACCAAAGGGCAUAACAAGCAAAACUGAAACUUUGGAGUCGAAACCAGCUGCAACAGGACUCGGAGGGCAAUUUCUUUUCUCUCCCUCCAACACCCAGCUUUCCUCUGUGGGGGAACACGCAGCUCUGCGGGCACGUCAUGGUUUGGGGGAGAGGGGGUACGGACAAAACGAACCCGAAAUGCUGAGGAACACCUUGGCACAGAGCAAGCGUCCCCAUUUCCCUCCCCAGCCCACUGUUCUCAACACUUUCACUUCCUUAGAGCCCAACAGAAUCGGUUUUCUAAGGCUGUUUCGAAACAGGGCUAAGCCUUACUCAUCCUUCAGGCAUCAAGACCCAAGGGGAAAAACGCAGAAGCAGUACUUAUGAGGAAACUAAAAACCAGCAAAAAAUAAUAAUAAUAAAAAAUUAAACCUUGUGUAAGGGCAAUGUAUUAGAGAUGCAAGUAUUUAGGACCUUGUGAGGUGGUACAGACGGUUAAGUAGCCGUGUCUAGUGUUAGUAAUUAAAAUUGUUACGCUCUGUGCUGGGUACAUGCAACAGAUGAAGUGUCCCCAGUGUGACCAGCAGCACCGAGGCUCCGUCCCGCAGCAGCAGCAGCUGUGUUCUCAGUUCUGCAACGACUGAAGUUACACCGCAGGCAGGGAUAAGCUCCACUAAGCCUAAGGAGCAAGCCACAGCUGCUAACCCUACCUGGCCACGUGCCUCCCUCCAACAGCCCUGUGCACACUGCGUCCUCGUACUAACGCCGGCUUUGGGGGGUUAUUAUCCUUUAAAAAGGAAGUAGUAACGCAUUUUGUUACAGCCUUCUGCUUGUAUUACAAGUCACUUUGCUUGUCUUGCCUGUUUCCUAAGGCACAAGCACACUUCUCCUCGGUUCCCGAAUUCAUCAAGCCGCAGCAGAAUGUUCAAAAAAGUCACCCAAAAUGUGGCAAAGCAAAUGGAUCCACGUGGAGACCUGGUUCCAGUUGAAAGUAUCGUCGACCAAGACCAUUUCAAAACCUUCUGUCUGGUUAGAAGAAAAGGAAAAACCGCCUUCCGCCAAUUGCCCCGCUACAAACGGACAGAAUAUAAACUCCACGACGUGCUGCUGCCUGGAAAAGACGAUAAAAGUGACGCGUCCCUCCUCUGCGGAGACCAGCAAGACUCGAGGCAGUACGCAACCGCGGGAAGCGCCUGUGACCAAGUCGAUGCGACCGUGAGCCUUCCCGUCGAACCCGCGCUGGUAGAACUAGGAGCGUCUGCCUCUUUCUCCAAAAAGUGGUCCAUCAAGAUGGAAAAAAGGCACGUGCCAGCAUCGCAGCUCGAGGUGCUGAAGACAGAAAGGAAACUCAACACGAGCCACCCCUUCAUUCGGCAGCUACGGAAGAUGCGACAGAAUUUAUAUGUGGUUCACGAAACAAUAGAAGCCUCGGAGAAGGUCAGCUAUGAAGAAUCCACCAAGGCAACAGGAAAAAUUGCGGCCCAGCUUUACGCCAAGUUUCUUGCAAAGGGUACCAGCAUGAGGAAACAAAGCAUAACCAUACCCAAGGGCUGCAUCCUAGCCUUCAGGGUGAUCCAGGUGACCAUUGAAGAUGCGGAAUGGGGUAUUCAUUAUUUCCCAGAGAAUUAUACAUCAACGUUCGUAUCUGAUGGUAAGCAACAUACUUCAGUGCUUCCAGUUGCACUGCUUUUCCCGCGUUUGGGUAAGGUGGACUCCCUCGGGCUAGUACGAACCCCACGCAGCAGUGGUUACUGCCACUGCUGCCUGCACCGUGACAACUGCCCAGCUCAAAACUGGGCAUUACCUUCCAAAAUACUCCUAGAAACGUCUCAAAGAAGUGUUUGGUUUGGACAGUGUUUCUGGUUUCCAGGUAUCACACAUGGACAAUUUGGAGAGCUGAAGGAAGAAGUAGAGCAGAACUGCCAACCUUUCUCCCACUUGCCUGAUGAUCUGAGGAACACGUUUUUAGAAGCCAUCAAAGCUGCAUUGGGAGACAAGGACGUCUUUCACGAAUUGGCCCAGAAAAUGGAAGAGGUUUGUUAUGAAACUAAUACUUGUGAGCUGACAACACAGAACCCAAAGCUAAAAGACGUGCUGAGCAGCUUACAGUCUCUUCCAAGAAGCGAUCUCCAAUGCUGGGCAAAAGCAAUUUCCUACACUCUUGAUGCUCUCAGUGAGCAAACAGAGGAACAACAGCUGGUCUUGCUAGAAUCCCUGGAAAAGGAGGCCGUGCAACAUCAGCUUAACCUGCUUGAGCAGUUCUUCAAAUGCAAGACACAAGACACGGAGGGGCGUUCUGGCGGGGAUGACAUCGUGCUCCCCUUCACGGCGGAUGGGGAAGAUAAAACAACCAUCGCAAUGCUCGAGAUGAGUGGAGUGAGGAUCGAGAAGGAUGGAUUUGCUAUCUGCGAUCAGGAAGGCUUCUUGGCCCUCGAAGCCCUGUACGCAUCUCUGUAUGCGCUAGAUCUCCUGAGUAACUCAGAAUAGGCUACACACGUCCCCAGUUAGGGCUGAUUUAGGGAGUGAUUUAACAAUGUAAUUGAAAAGCUAUUACCUUAAGUCUCUUUUGAAAUUUUAUCCCUGUGUAGGCGAGGCGCCUUUUAAGCGCUCAGAGCUUCUUUUCCCACCCAUUUCUGAGCAGAUUUAAAUCAACAAAGCUGCUAACAGAACCCCGAGGCUGGAUAUCGGCAUGAAUUUUUCCCCCAUAUGAAUGUAGAGUGCCAACUCUACAACCCGCUCUAUACUCUA